UCGAGGCUCGAGCUAUACAUAGCGACUCAAAAGCUUUAUUUCGAUUUUAAAGAUGAGAAUGCUAAUAAAGAAAGUGGCUUCGGCAUCAAAUCUAUCGUUUAUUAGGUUAAGCGCAAUUAGAUUGAGCUCCAGCGAUGCGAAAGCCAAGUCUCAAGAAAAAGAAGCUCCUAAACCGGAGCUAGAGGAAACAGUGGUAAAAAAAAAUAUUGUGAUCGAGAAGUAUGGAGGCAUAAUGACUCUAAACAUAGACCGUCAGCCAACUCGUAACAGCCUGGAUGAGCCAACACUGCGAGAGAUGGCAGCAGCUAUAGAUGCAUUUGACAAAGAUGCUGAGGCUCAAGUGUUGGUGUUCAACGGGGAAGGUGGAUCAUUCUGCUCCGGGUUUGAUAUGGAUGAGAUGGGAGCGAAGGGGUAUAAUUGUCUGAAAGACGCUGCUUCACGGCUCCUGCGGCGCCCCCUAUGCGACAAACCAACUAUAGCAGCUGUCACCGGUUACGCUGUAGCAGAAGGCUUCGAACUGGCAUUAGCUUGUGACCUGCGGGUUGUUGAAGACACCGCUGUCAUGGGAUUCUUAGGCCGUCGAUUUGGAGUACCCUCAACACUGUAUGGUGGCCGGAGGCUUACAUCUCUCAUCGGCCUGUCACAAGCCCUAGACUUGCUUAUGACCGGGAGACUCAUCUCCGGGACAGAAGCAAACCAAAAAGGCCUGGCAGCUAAAGUCACCGCUACUGGCACAGCCCUAGGAGAAUCAAUAAAACUGGCCAAGUCUAUUGCGAAGUUUCCACAAAACGCGCUUAUGAUGGACAAGCUAGCCGCAGUCAACUCUCAGCUAAACCCCAACAGUGAGGAGUCUAUGCGGGACGAGGCCAUCAUGCAGAGUCUACUGGGGUCUGCUCUGGAGGACCUGAAGGAGGGGGUUAAGAAAUUCCAAGAUGGGAUGCUAGCAUUAAAUCCCAAGAAGUUUCUGGUAUGCCGCGUCUCCGGUAAGCUAGCCGGAGAGCAGCGCUGCACCCAGGGACUCAUAUAA